AGUGGCAAGUUCACGAUUGCUUGCAUAGAGUAGGUAGUAUAAAACCGCAGCCCCUGCCUGCAGACGUCAGUUCCGCAGGACUCGCUGCAAGCCCCACUUGUAUACUCGAAAUGGCAUUUCUGUUCAAGUCAACAACGUUCCUCGCUUUGGUAGCCGUCGGGCUAGCAGCCAAGCAUGGGGGUUAUUCCUACAACCGUUUUAGUGGUCCCGUUAGUGGUCAGAUCGUGGAGGUUCAAGUGCCAGCAGCUGAAGGGAUCCCAGCUCAGCAGCAUGCCGAUUACGGUUACGAUCACAAAACAGGUCAAAUCCACCCCGAUACUGCUAAAUAUGCCCAUUUAAAAACAGUAGAUUACGUGGCUAAACCCGACUACCAAUACGCGUACGGAGUGGAGGACCCUCACACCGGCAACCUGCAGAACCACAAGGAGUCCCGCGACGGUGACGUCGUUCACGGCGAAUACUCCCUGGUCGAGCCUGACGGUUCGGUCCGUCUGGUGAGGUACACUGCUGACCCGAAGAACGGUUUCCAGGCAACGGUGCAUAAAAAGGAGGGCGGGCAAGCCCAAAGACUGGUACACUAUGGCCGUCCCAAAGAACAGGAUGACUCUCGGGAGUACUAGUCGUGUUACGGAAUAAGCUGUUGUUUUAGUGUUGCCUAUUUAUUAUUGUGUUUUUUACUCUUUAAUAAAAUGUAAGGAAAUAA